UACAAAACAACCCCUUUACUUUUACGAUGCAAUACGUAUCCCUUUAGAACUAUAAGCAAUGAAGUAAAUUCAUACUUUAAGACACUUUUAUUCUGAUUGCCUAUUUGACGAACUACUACUACAAUAAAUACGAACGAUUCUACUUUUCAGAUUUGACCGAUUACUUCGCGACGCUCCCUUGACGUGGAGUAGCGUCAUUGCGGAAGUAGCUAAGUCUACGUGGGGAAGGAAGGUUGGCUUGUUCGUGUUUGAACUAAACUCUACCUAAAACACGAUAAAUGUGCAACCUACGGAACCUACAAUAACCCUACCGCGCCUCGCCAAGUCUUCAUCCAACCUCCCCGCCCGCCCACUAGCUGAAUGGCCUUGUACCGCCAGGGCGUGUAGAUCCGAUGGGAGGGCUAGCCGGGUAGUUCCCUGUAAUGCUUCGGUGGCUGCGGKAGUCUCUUAGGCAGGUGUCUAGUCUGAUGGCCCGGAGACCAGCGCUUGUCUGCGGGGCGAUACUGCUGAGCGUCCUGCUGCUACUGGCCGUUACAUUUACCUGCAGCCGGGCUAAGAAUGUGGUUGCGUCGGCGCGUCCCCCGGUGAGGUUCUUCUCUGCCGAGGCCCCUGUGGUGGACCUGUACCUGGGCCAGCUGGAGCAGGUGGAGAGGCUGAGGGGCGCGGCAGAGGUGUCCGUCAUCUUCUUCUACGCUCCCUGGUGUGCUCACUCCAUCGCCGCUCGCCACGAGGUCCAGGAGGUCGCACGGAGGCUGGUCAAACAGGUGCAGUUUGUGGCAGUGAACUGUUGGUGGAGCCAGGGGAAAUGCAGGAAACAGAAGAGCUUCUACCAAUACCCUGUCAUCCACCUGUUCUACAAGAGGUUUGGCCCUAUAGAAUACAAAGGUCCGUUCACGGCUUCCUAUGGGAGGUUCAUCCUGAGAUUGAGGAAGUUACUGGAUUUUGCAACCCAAGUCACGUGUUUCUUGUCUGUUCUCCUCUCCUGCCUCCCAGCGGGGGUAGUGGGUUAUUUCCAGUUCAACUCUUCUCCUCAGCCUCCCGGCUACAUCACAUACCUCUCCUCAGCUCUGCAGGCCUGAGAGAGAGACUUCCGUAGUGCGGUGCGUUUUGGGGUGGUGACCAGUAGACAGGUGGCCGAGUCCAUCUCCGUCAGAGAUGACCAGACCGUCUACCAUGCAUCGACACUUCAACUCACAUUGAUUUUCCCCAGUUGGGAGCGUAACUUCACCUCUGAAGGCAUUUGUUCCUGGGUCUUUGAGCACCGCGAGACCGUCCUCCAAUGGCUGGCGCCGACUGGUGCUAAGUCCCGCCUCCUGGAGCAGGAACUGACCAAAGGCCCUGCCCUCCUGCUCUUCCUGCCCCACAAUCCCCUGGGGCUCGUCCCCGACCUGCUGCUGACGCAGGCUCCACCUCCAGGGUGUGUGAGCUUUGUCUCAACCAGUCCCAGUCCAACCCGGGUCGCUCUCCCCUCUGCACCUUUCCCCUCCCAGACAUCAGGUGGUGCUGCCGUGCUCCAGUCCUACCUCAGACGAUGCUGCCUACCUGUUGCUGUGACGGCAACGGCAACGGACGUUGCCUGUAGUAACAUCCUGAGUAGCUACAGCCCGUCGUCAGGUCGCUACAGUGCCUGUUGUAGAACUGCUGCGACAGCUAGGGGUUUCCCUGCCCCCACAGCAGGGACUAGGGUAGACAACGAGGUGUGUCGGACAAAUAAGACGCUCAGGUUCUACAUCCUGGACUCCGCCCUCCGGCCGCUGGCGGUGCGUCUCGGAGGAAACCGCUACUGUUACAGAGUCACUGGUAGGACUGGGUCAACUAGCUACGUUACAGAGUCACUGGGAAGUUACUGGGUCAACAGCUACUGUUACAGAGUCACUGGUAAGACUGGGGAGUUACUGGGUCAACUAGCUACUGUUACAGAGUCACUGGAGUUGUUCAUCAGGAACUUCAGCACCCCCCACAGCCCACUGCAGAGACGGCCUGGUGGGGAAGAGAGAGGAGGAGGAGGAGGAGGAGAGGCCCCAGAAGAGACCCCUCAUCUCAGAGCUGACCACCUCCUCUUCCUUAGUACUGUCAUGGAUCCUCACAGGGAUGUGCUGCUGUUCUACUACAGUCAAGUUGGUGGCUACUGCUCUGUUCUAAACCACGUCAUCAUCCAGCUGGCUAGAAUGUUCCAUGGGAACAGCACCGUCACCAUCGCUAGGGUGAACGUGGCGCGUAACGACCUGCCGUGGGAGUUCAUGGUGGAUCACUUCCCCUGCCUCCUCUUCCCCAGACACAGGAAACACCUGUCCGUCAAGUUCCCGGAGGACACGCCCAUCACUCUCCCCACCCUAUUACGCUUCAUCCUGAAGCACUGCGACUCCGCCCACCAGCCAAUGAAAGCAGACGGAUCAGACCCUAAACCUCACGUGUCUCCUCAAGGCGGAGUUCCGCGCUCCUACAGAGAAGUCCAGACAUUACAUCGUGCACGCCAGCGCCUCUCCAACCAACUGGCCCAGCUAUGGCGAGACAACCGGCGGUUAUCCUUCGACGCCGUGGCCCUGGAGACCCACAAUGCACUGCUGCAGUCCCAGAAUGGCGAGCUGCAGCGUGAGAGGCUGAGCCUAGUGGAGCAACACAAGGAGAAGAGUCGUCAGUUAGGGGAGGCGGUCAGGAGACUACAGGAACUAGCAGACGCAUCAGAGAACCUUCUCACUGAGAAUACACUGCUGAGGGUUUUACUGGGAGCCCUGAGAGCCAGGGAGACAGAGACGGGGGAGGAGGAGGAGGAGGAGACAGGGGAGGAGGAGGAGGAGACAGGGGAGGAGAGGAGUUAUAUGGCCUCUUGACAGGGGAGGAGAAUAUACUGCUGAGGGUUUUACUGGGAGCCCUGAGAGCCAGGGAGACAGAGACGGGGGAGGAGGAGGAGGAGGAGGAGAGGAAUUAUAUGGCCUCUUGAUGGAGAAGGGUCAUGCCAAGUAGUGCUGUUAGAACGGAAUCCGAGGAAGAGGAAACAGAGCUGAUGAAUCACAGCCUCCUGACACCCCCCCCCCUAGAAGAAAGAGGAGGAUACUAUGGGGGGGGCCCUGACAGAUGGCACGAGUAGAGGAGGAAGGAGACCAGAGGAAUCACAGCUUCAUAAUUCUCUCCUAGUGGAAMGAGGGAACACGACAGAGACAGCAGCUUUAUAACCAUGUACCAUAGGAUGUCCUUGGGGACCAGAGAGAGACGGGAGAGAAAGAAAGGAGAUGAUACUACAGAAAGUGCAGAGGAACAAAAUAACUGUAAAAUGUGUUGUUGAUGACGUCUUUAAGCGCCGGACUUAGAAUGUGUGGAACACUCUAGAAUGUCCAAUCAUAAUGCUAACUCUAGAAUCCAUAAGGGUUAGUGGUUCCGMGAGAAGGUUCUACCCAGUGAGGUCAGAGKGAAGCGACCAGGCCCUGUCACAGAGAGACACAAAUGCAUGUCAAGUGGGCAGUCGGUGACAUGGAACUAAAAGAAAUGGAAUAAGAUGAACACGAUGAACACUAGAAAUACGUCCCAAAUGGCACCCUAUUCUCUAUGUAUUGCUAGUCUAGCUAAUAGGGUCCCAUUUGGGGCAUAACCCUAGGUGAAUUUAGUAGUGUUGUCUUCUGAAGCCUUCUUCUUGGUUUUUGGUUGGUUUUUAUUUUCCAAGGAGCACCAAGUGAUUUCUCCAUAGAGAAUGUGUAUUUAGUUUUUUGUUUCUUUUGUUAAAUGUAUCUAUUUUUACAAGAAUCGCWAAAAAAUACGUCUAUUUCUAUGUAACGUUAAUUCAGGUAUAAGGAAGAUGCAGCUGUUUUACAUGUAAAAUAUUGCACAGAUUUUUACUGAUUAAAAUGUUGUAAUUUAA